AUGCACGAGUCUCUCUAUACCAGCCACCGAAUCACUCCACAUCUCGCGUGGACAACUGCCCUCAGUUGUCUUGGGACUUUGCAAUUCGGCUACCAUCUUGCAGUUCUCAAUGCUCCGCAACAAAUCCUUUCAUGCCAAAUGCAUAUCCCUGGACCGUUCCCGUCCUAUCUGGAUACUUUUUGGGGCCGCCAUGGCUUCGACCAAUGCAUCUCGUUAGACUCGCAAGAUAUUGCUUGGAUGAACACCAUGUUUACUGUGGGUGGCCUCCUAUCAUCUACAAUAGCCGGAUCGCAUACGGUAGCGUCCAUAUGUGGGAGAAGAAAUAUGCAAAUCUUGUGUGCGGGCCUUUACGCUGGAGGGUCAGUCAUCUUUGCCUUGUCCAAUUCCUUUGGAACUUUGAACGCUGGUCGUUUCCUAUCCGGAUUAGGUGCUGGGGCCUCGAUGGUGGUUUCGCCGGUUUUCAUAAGCGAGAUCAGCCCUUUCAAUCACCGCGGCCUCAUGGGUUCAUUACUUCAAUUUGGAGUGGCUAUUGGUAUAUUACUUGCCCAGCUCAUUGCUUUAUUAUGGGGAAAUGAUCAACAAUGGCGUAUGCUUUUUGUUUUUGGCACUUUGAUGGCACUUUUUCAGUUUGUAUUUUUAUUUUCAACUGUCGAGUCGCCCAAGUGGCUCAUUAUGCACCGAGGGGAGAUUUCCAGGGCAUCUGACAUUCUACAAUCUUUGCGCUCCAACGUACGUGCCACUAAAUAUGAGAUUCACCACUGGCGUCGGUUAUCAACUACACAAACGGGAAAAGCACAGGAAACACUGUCAUUGUUGGAAGAUCCAGUCAAUCAGGAAACACAAACAAAUGUGGGAGAUGAGGAUAGCCAGCCAGAAGAUGGCUUUUACCCUUUGAGUACUGCAAUGUCACGGAGAGGCUCAAUAGACCCAAGUACUUUGUCACUCCAAGAGUAUUUCACGUCUCGCCGCUAUAGAAGAGAAAUUAUUGCUACAGCGAUAAUCAUGACAGCACAGCAGCUAUGCGGCAUGAACGCCAUUACGUUCUAUGGCGUGUCUGUUCUUUCCAACAUUGUGCCAAAUGGAACUAAUGUACUUCUUCUUACUUGUUCUUUGGCCUUGUGCAAUGUGGUACUGGCGUUGGCAAUCUCUCCAUUUAUUGAUAGGUGGAACCGAAAAAGUUUGCUUCUCUUGUCUGUUUCGACCAUGGCAUUCUGCUCUGUUCUCAUUGCUGGAGGUAUUGUGAAUGGACUUGAUAUCUUGGCUGCAGUGGCCUGUUUUGGAUUCAUUAUAGGCUUUUCCAUUGGUUUGUGCCAAAUUCCAUUCUUGAUGGUCUCGGAGUUCUGCAACCACGAGACUAUAAGUAAGUCACAGUCUUUUGGCACCAUGCUCAAUUGGUUGGCCAAUAUUGCCAUUGCAUGCAUGUUCCCAUUAUUACGGUCGUAUUUGGGAGGAUACACGUUUCUUUUGUUUACUGUUAUUGGAAUCUUUUACUUGUUCGCCAUUGUAUGGUGGGUGCCAGAAACAAAGGGCAAACUCAAUUAUGCCGACAUUUGGAACAAAGAUGAACUUCCGUGA